CCCCCCAGCCUAGUAACCUGGAGAUUUAAAAGCCGCCGGCUGGCGCGCUUGGGGACGCCGGGGGUGGGCGGGGGACCGGCUCCCAUGCGCCGGCCCGGGUGACAGCCGCGCACCUUGGCCAGUUCCAGGUGACUGCUGAUCCUUGGCACUAUUGGUGGCUUGAGCCAUGUGCAGACAAGGAAAGGCUGGGUAUUUUUCAGACUCGGUGUCCAUCAUUGUGAACAGAGCUUGAAGAGGAGUCAGAGGAGGCUGGUCUGGCACGUGUGUCACACCUGGCUGAUGAGAGCUGAGUGAUGACUCUUGUUGCCCCUGGGGCCACAGCAGCAACAGGUGUGUAGCCUGUACCGAGGAGCUGGCCUUACGAGAGACUUGGCAGCAAUGGGCUCCUGGCCGAGUCCCAGACAGUUGCUGAUGGCGCAGAGGAGAGGCCUGGACAUCUGGAGUAGGACCGGGAAGAGAAGUUUCUGGAGCCUGUAAAACAGGGGAGUCCUCCCUGCUGAGGUGCCAUGGUGCAGAGGCUGUGGCUGAGCCGCCUGCUGCGGCACCGGAAGGCCCAGCUCCUGCUGGUCAACCUGCUGACCUUUGGCUUGGAGGUGUGCCUGGCCGCUGGCAUCACCUACGUGCCUCCUCUACUGCUGGAGGGGGGGGUGGAGGAGAAGUUCAUGACCAUGGUGCUGGGCAUUGGCCCAGUGCUGGGCUUGGUCUCUGUGCCCCUCCUGGGCUCAGCCAGUGAUCAGUGGCGUGGGCGCUACGGCCGUCGGAGGCCCUUCAUCUGGGUCCUGUCGCUGGGCGUCCUGCUUAGCCUUUUUCUUAUCCCACGGGCUGGCUGGUUGGCAGGGCUCCUGUGCACGGACACCAGGCCCCUGGAGCUGGCACUGCUGAUCCUGGGUGUGGGGCUGCUGGACUUCUGUGGUCAGGUGUGCUUCACUCCACUCGAGGCUCUGCUCUCAGACCUCUUCCGGGACCCAGACCACUGCCGCCAGGCCUUCUCAGUCUAUGCCUUCAUGAUCAGCCUGGGGGGCUGCCUGGGCUACCUCCUGCCCGCCAUCGACUGGGAUGCCAGUGUCCUGGCCCCCUAUCUGGGCACCCAGGAGGAGUGCCUCUUUGGCCUGCUCACACUCAUCUUCCUCAUCUGCAUGGCUGCCACGCUGUUCGUGACUGAGGAGGUGGCUCUGGGCACAGCUGAGCCUGUGGAUGCACUGCCAGCCCCCUUGGGGCCCCCCCGCUGCUGCCUGAGCCGUGUUCACCUGGCCCUGCGGAACCUGGGUGGCCUGCUCCCCCGGCUGCACCAGCUCUGCUGCCGCGUGCCUCACACCCUGCGCCGGCUCUUUGUGGCUGAGCUAUGCAGCUGGAUGGCGUUCAUGACAUUCACACUGUUUUACACGGACUUUGUGGGCGAGGGGCUGUACCAGGGUGUGCCCAGGGCCGAGCCAGGCACCGAGGCCCGGAAACACUAUGAUGAAGGGGUCCGCAUGGGCAGCCUGGGGCUCUUCCUGCAGUGCACCAUCUCCCUGCUCUUUUCCCUCAUCAUGGACCGCCUGGUGCAGCGAUUCGGUACCCGCUCUGUGUACCUGGCCAGUGUGGUAGCCUUCCCCGUGGCUGCCGGCGCCACCUGUCUGUCCCGCAGCUUGGUGGUAGUGACUGCCUCUGCCGCACUCACUGGCUUCACCUUCUCGACACUGCAGAUCCUGCCCUACACGCUGGCCUCUCUCUACCACCGCGAGAAGCAGGUGUUCCUGCCCAAAUACCGAGGAGAUGAUGGAGGUGGUACCAGUGAAGACAGCCUGCUGCCCAGCUUCCCACCUGGCCCUAAGGCGGGCUUCCCCUUCCCCAAUGGACACAUGGGAGCAGGGGUUGAUCUGCUUCCAGCUCCACCCACUCUCUGCGGGGCCUCCGCCUGCGAUGUCUCCAUGCGUGUGGUGGUGGGUGAAUCUGACACUAGGGCUGUCCCAGGCCGCGGCAUCUGCUUGGACCUGGCCAUCCUGGACAGUGCCUUCCUGCUGUCCCAGGUUGCCCCGUCCCUGCUCAUGGGCUCCAUCGUGCAGCUCAGCCAGUCUGUCACUGCCUACAUGGUGUCAGCAGCAGGCCUGGGCUUGGUUGCCAUUUACUUUGCCACACAGGUGGUAUUUGACAAGAGCGACUUGGCCAAAUACUCAGUCUAGAGUGCCUACUUCAGGUUCCAGUCUGUUACUCCCCUCUGCUGUGGGGCUGGCCUUUCAGUGGUGUGGUUCUCUGCUGCCACCCUGUGGCGAUAGGGAGUGGUGUGUGUCUAGUCCCCCACCCCAGCUUUCAGGGCUGGCUGACCUUGCCUGGUCAUAGAAUCUCUCUGGACUUCUCUGGAGGGAGUCCAGAAAGGCAAGACAUUUGAGCAGCUCUGUGCACUAGGGCACAUAUUGCAGGGUCCAGCAAGGCUGGAAAUUAGUAGGAGGGUACCCUGGACCUCCAAGAAGGGAUUUGGGCAGCUGAAUCUCAGCUGUCUGGUUCCCUCUUUCAGACAGCCCCCUCCCCCCAGCUCUGUAGGAUCUCCCUGUAUUGCUCUUAUGUGGGAGUUUCUAGUAUGAAACUCUUCUCUACUUGAAAAGUAUAAAAAUGAUUUGAGGGGGAGUCAGGCGGUAGCGCAGGGGGUUAAGCACAGGUGGCGCAAAGUGCAAGGACCUGCAUAAGGAUCCCAGUUCAAGCCCCCGGAUCCCUACCUGUAGGGGAGUCACUUCACAGGCAGUGAAGCAAGUCUGCAGGUAUCUAUCUUUCUCUCCCCCUCUCUGUCUUCCCUUCCUCUCUCCAUUUCUCUCUGUCCUAUCCAACAACAGUAAUAACUACAACAAUAAAACAACAAGGGCAACAAAAGGGAGUAAAUAAAUAUUUAAAAAAUGAUUUGAGGGAUGAGUCGGGGUGAAGGUGGGGUUGCCUGACUCCCCAGUGCUGCCUUUUCACUGAUUCCCCUCACCCUCUUUAUUGGGACAUGGCUUGGUGGCCCAUGUUGCUGUCAUAAAGGACACUUCAAAUAUUUAACUUAUUUAUUUAACUAAGUAGAGUGGAUUCCACCCCCUGCUCUGCCAUUGUGCCUAGGAGUUGGGGUGGGACAGAUCCUUCAUCACUAGAUCCCUGAGAGAGCUGGUCAUUGAGCAUUUCUGGGUGCUUGAUCUGGCCCCAAACUUGCCUGACCCAGUAGCCUGGAAACUCUUUUUCACCCUAACUGAUGCCCCAAAUCCUGUUACUCAAGGCUGGCAGUUUCUCCUUGCUUACCCAGCCUGGUUUCAGAUCUGCCCCUUCUGGGACUGGGCUUCCCAGUCCACUCCUCCAGCUGUUGAUGGACCAGAUGCACAGUGUGUGGCACCCCCAACCUUUAUUUGUCUCAGACUUUGGGACACAGCUGUGCCUGGAGAGACAACCCCAGAAACUCAGGAGCACCCCCUGCUUAGGUACAGGAGGUCUUAUCUUGGGGGGUUUAAGUGCCGUUUGCAAUAAUGUUAUGUCUUAUUUAUUAGUGGAGUAAAUAUUUUAUACUGUAUAUGAGCAAUCAGAAUAUAAUGUUUAUGGUGACACACAAUUAAAGGCAUCUUAUAUGUCUAAUG